CCCAACAGCUUUUACAAUGCAAUCCUUUGCGUAAACGCGACCGGCGUCGAUACUAUCAAAUGACAGCCGGGCAGAGACUCUGUAUAAGGCACAGCACAGACUACAAAUGGUUGUGUAAAUGUAUGGUUAUGUUUACCAACAUGUAAGCGAUUAUUAUCGCGUGCGCAACAUCCAUCGACGAACUAGUGCAGCCCGCCCACAGCCACGUCGAGCGCCAGUUGUGUGUACAUAUACUGUCAUAUAGAUAGCCUGCAUGGCGCGGCUGCUUUCACUGCUGCUGGUCACGCUGUGCUGGCGCCAACCGUGCUGCUCGGCAACAGUGUUUUAUGCCGUGGACCACCGGAGCCGGCAGCCCACGGAGAGCGCGCAGCCCGCAUCACUUCCGGAAGCACUUCACGGAGCCGCGAGUCAGCAAGACAGCGAUGUAUUUGCUCGGCGCCGCCGCUUGCUCCGUUCAUACGCCGCCAGGGAUGCCACGGUAGGCGAAGCCCCGGCAGCGGCGGCGGCGGACGAGGAGGAUGCGCUGGCAGCAGGGGAUCCAGAGCAGGCCGAAGAGGCAGAAGUCCUAGAAUCUCGAGAAGGUGGCGGUGAGUAUCAGGCCAAAAACCCGGAUGGAGAGGACACGGAGGAGGAGGAGGAGGAGGAUGUCGCGGAGCGUGUCUUUCCGGACGCGGAGGAUGCGGAGGGGUACCGGCGGCUGAAGUGUGACAGCUUCCAGGUCACGUACAAGCAGAUUGACCACGACCUAGCCAUCCACCGGGAGCUGGGCACGCACCUGGGCUCCACGCAAUACGCCAUGGGGGAGCAGCGCCGUAAGAACGGCUUCGGCAUCGGGUUCUUCGGCGGGCGGGCGUACCUGCUCACCCCCAUUCGGGGUGAGGACUGGCAACGUCUGGCCCACCACGCCAAGCUGUAUGUGGCCUACCUGCGCAUGAUGGCACACCUGGAGGCGGUGUUCGGCGCCGCAAUACCCGACGUGGUGCUGGUGAUCACCACCUCCGACACGCCCCGAUACGUGUCGCCGCUACGUGUCAACGUGAGCACUCCGCGGCCCUACCCGCCCCAGCGCGCCGUGCACAUGCCCACCUUCGUGCCGGGGCCCUAUCCGGUGGCAGGCAUCUGCAAGUCCGACUUCUGGCCAGACCUGCUGCUCAUACCCAACUUCCACUUCCACACCAAGCUGUACGACAACGCCACGCUGUCCCACAUCCCCGAGCACCGGGACAAGCACCCCUGGGGCAGCAGGCAGCCGGUCGUGUUCGGUCGCUUCAGCCACUACUCGCUGCACCGCAAGUCGGACGACCACAGCACCUUCAAACUGGGCCUGGGAGGCCAGCACAUCUGCCAGGAAGGGAACACCUCAUGUGCGGUGCGCGAGCAUUUCAUAUCGGAGGUGGUCAAAAAGGACCGCUCCCGGCGGCUGGACGUGCGGUUCUCCGGCAAGCAGCCCAUGUCCAGCCACGCCCGGUACAAGUACCUCAUCAACUUGAGCGGCCAGAGCAUCUCCAGCCGCCUGGAGCAGCUGCUGCCGCUGGGCAGUGCCGUGCUCACAGAGCCCACCUCGGUCGGCUACUACGCCUACUACUACCGCACGCUGCUGAGGCACCGGGUCAACGUGCUGGAGUUCUGGAGGCGCCUGCCGGAGGAGGUUUUUGAGGAACUGGAUUGGGCAGCGGCGCACGACGAGGAGGCGGCGGCCAUCGCGGCCGAGGGCGUUCGCACCGCAGAGACAUACCUGACCGGGAACGGCCGCACCUGCUACUGGUACAGGCUGCUGCAUGGGUUGAGCCGCACGCUGCGCUUCACGCCGCGCCUGGGCCAGUGGCCGGAGGCGGUGCCGGUGCGCCAGUUGCUGGAGGAGGAGCUGCCGCGGGCUCCAGGGGGGCAGGCGCUGGCAGAGGCGCCUUGGGCGCCGUAGCAGGCAGCAGCGAUAGAUGAUGAGCCGCGGCCGGCGGCAGCGUUCCCUCGCAAAUUGGCGGUCGGUAAAAGCCGGGAAUACGGCUUGCCUUGAGGCCGGGCGGGCUCGCUUGGGCUGGUUCACGAUGACGCAUGUGGCGGCGGCGGCGCCUGGCCGGCCUUGGCCUAGGCCUAGAUAGGUUGCUGUGUCCGGCAGUGCGUGGCGGGUUGCAGAGCAGGUAGGCGCGGGUGCAGGCGCUGUAUGUGCGGUGGUGCGGGGUGCAGGUGUGGUGUGAUGCGAGAUGGGUUUUGGGUGCUGGCCUUAAUGACGGGGGGAAGGCAGGGUGAAGACUGUCCGCCUGCACAGGCACUCAUCGGGGCAACCGUGUUAGGCACAAAGUGUCGCCCAGGCGUUACAGUCUAGUUCAGGAAGUAUGCAAAAGCUCGCUGCAUUCGGCAUACUAUGCUCGCGAUGAAGAAGACAAAAACGAAACGAGUCGCUGAGCCAUUUUAGCGCGCGCG